CUUCGUAAGCCGCGAACUGAGAUGAGGCGUCGCCACCGCUAACCAAACCCGACUGCCAGUACGACCUUGACCAGGAGCGACUCAUGCGCGCCCUCAUACCCGCACCUGAAAGCUACCUCGAGCUGUUCGCUGCGGCUGACAUGUUCGAACUGGACAGCGUCAAGAAGAGAACGAUCGAAGCAAUCCGCCAGCGCUUGGAAGCCGAUGACGGCUUUCUCCUCCGCCAUAUCCUUUCAGAGCAAGUGUGCCUGUACGAUGACAUCUUCAAGUUGUUCCACGCGUGUCUGGUCUCUGUGAGCUCACCCAAAGAGGAGAUGCAGUCUGUGCGUCUUCUGACGGAUCUGAUGGGACAGCGUCUUCAUCGAAUCAAAGAGCACGAGCUAUACGCCAAGUUCCAGGCUCAGAUGCUGCAGAGCGCUGAGUCUGUGGUCGCGCGACGCAAAGAACGUGUCUUCGAGGUGCUCUUCAAUGGCGCGGCCAGUCUUUCGCAGCAACUCUCCAACCCUCUCGCUGACCGGGUGGCGUACGAGCCGUGCUGUUCAAACAAGUGCAGCCAGGCCUACGUCCAGUCUCAACUUUCUCAUUUCCGGUGCCCGUCUACUGGGAAGCAGAGCAAGUGUUUGUCGGCUAUAGCAGUGAAUACUGCUCUCUGCAAAGAGGCGCCUCCCUCCUGGAACAUGUGAGGGUCGCCGAGGUGGUGCGCACGCAUGCCUCAACGUCGGACAACCACGCUCGCGGUGUCCUCGUCAAGGUGCUCCGCAAAUGACAUGAC